AUGGCCGACAGACCUAUGCCCUCGUCGUUUGACGACGACAAAUCGCAGCAGUUCCUAAUUCCUUCUCGGCUCUCAGGAACCAUCUUGACCUGCGCCGCCUUGUACAAUGCAUGGCGCGCCAUGCGCAAGGGUGACCAUGCCCAGGUCCAGCGCAUGUUCCGUGCCCGUAUCGGAGCCCAGGCAUUCACUGUAUGCGCCAUUGUCGCCGGAGGAGCAUACUAUGGCGCGGACCGCGAGAAGAGAAAGGAGCUCAUCAAGCUCGAAGCACAGAAGCGUGCCGAGGAGCGCCACCAAAAGUGGCUGCACGAACUCGAAGUCAGAGAUGAGGAGGAAAAGCUGCUCAAGGAGCAUCUCAAGAGGAGAAAAGAGCGUGUUCAGUCCAAACAGGCCGAAGAAGCGGAGCGAGCCGCGCACGACAGUGCUGAGGCAGCGGCGGCAGCGACAGCAGCAACGACAGAGGUUGCAGGCGGCAAAGCCUCUCCUAACGACAAGAAACAAGAAUCCAGUGUGCUAGGCGCGUUGUCGAAUGCUGGUGGAUGGUUCGGCACAGGAAAGAGUACCGAAUCGAGUACCGAAGAGAAACCGGUUGAGAAACCGGUUGAGAAGCCAGUAGCGGGAAGCAAGAAAUGA